AUGUCUAACUUAACUACCAUCACCACCGCUAUCAUCUACACUUACUUCACUACCAACGCUCCAUCCACCGAGACUUAUACCGUUGGUACUCAUACCAUUGAAACCGCUGGUGAAAUCACCCUUAAGGACUAUGGUAUGUUCACCUUGACUUUCACCAAUACCAUGAACAGUGCUGAAAUUGCUCGUUCUGAAUCCUUGCUUUCAAAAGCUCUUUCAAUUGCCUCCAGUAUUAGUGAAGCCAGUAUCUUGAGUGCCGAAUCCGCCGCCAACGCCUCUGCUGAAGCCACCGAAGGAUCAUCCACCAUUGCCUCGAUCACUGCAACCACCACCGGUAGCUCUACAGAUGACUCUACUUUCUCUACCUCUCUCUCACAAUACGCUUCUACCAAGAGUGGCAGUUCUGCCAAUGGAGCACCACAAAACUUGAACAACGGGAUCUUGGGAGCCAGUUUUGCCGGUGCUUUAGCUUUUGCUGCUUGCUUGUUGUGA